AUGCUCCACUACAUGUACACUGACGCGCUGCCCGAGAAGAUGACCAUGGACGCCAUGGCGAUGGCCAAAGGCCUGCUCGUGGCCGCGCACAGGUUCAAGCUCGACGGGCUGAAGCUGAUGGGCGAGGAGACGCUGUCCAAGCGCAUCGACGUGAGCACGGUGGCCGGCACACUGGCGGUGCCGGAGCAGCACGGUUGCAGAGACCUCAAGGCCGCGUGCAUGGAGUUCUUGGCUCGGCCGGGGAAUUUGAGGGCGGCCAUGGAGAUCGAAGGCUACGAGAAGGUCAAAGCAAUAAUCAAUCCCGUUGUUAUGAUGGAGGUUGUCAUGAAGCAAGUUUUUUUUAUCGGAGUCAUGAAGCAAGUUGGCUGCACUGAUGAGUGA